CGUUUCCUCUGUGAGAAAAGCAGAAUCCCGCCCAACCGGACAGCUCCGGUGAUCAAAGCGAGCGGACACGCGACGGGGCGAGCUGUCAGCUGAUCCCUGUGCAGACAGCGGGGCAGCCACACACACAUACACACACACGCACACACGCACCCGGAAGGCUCGACAGUCAGUGUGAGAGGGCAGCAUGAACCGCUUUAAGACCUCCAAAUUCAAAAACACCACUCCGAAAAUUGCCAAGAAAGAUGAGUGGAUCAACAAUGUCCACGCCGGUUCCUUCUCCUGCCAGGGGAACCACAUCAAAGCCAGCUCCAAGCUUGUGGCCUUCAACACCGAACAGGCUGGCGGAGGUCUGCUGGGCCUGUCUUCAGUCAAACCUGGUUCCGAUGGCCAAUGGACAGUCGCUCAGAUUUCCUGCCAUUCUGAUUUAAUAACUGAUAUGGACUUUUCUCCUUUCGAUGAGAAUCUGCUUGCAACAUGCUCUGGAGAUGAAAUGGUGAAGCUGUGGCGUCUGUGUGAUCCUGAGCUGGAGCAGCCCAGCAGCCCAGAGCUGACCCUGCAUCCAGGUCAGGGCAGGCUGGAGCUGGUGCACUUCCACCCCACCUCCUCUGGCUUGCUGGCUGUCGGCACCACUAAGUCUCCUCUGAUUUGGGACACCAGCCGCCAGGAUGCACCCUUAGCAGUUCUGGAGCAGCACGGUGACCACCUGCAGAGUCUGAGCUGGAAACGGGACGGCUCUCUGCUGGCUUCCUCCUGCAAGGACAAGAUGUUGCGAGUUUUUGAUCCCAGGGCCCAGCUGACACCUGUUCAGAGUGCCAAGAGUCUUCAGAGCAACAAGGAUUCACGCAUCCUGUGGGCCAAAGACGACUUUCUACUGACCACCGGCUUUGAUAUGACCCGGAGUCGAGAGGUGAGGCUUUGGGACAGCAGGAAGCUGAGCUCUUCUGUCGGCUCGGCGUCACUCGGCACCUCCAGCGGCCCCUUUUCCAUCGGCAACCUCAUGAGGAGACAAAGAACUAAAGGAGUGAGUGUUACAAACACUACUUCCACCCCGUGUCUAUGUCAGCACCAUCCAUGCAACAGAUGGAGCCAGUUAUCCUCAAUCCAGCUGGGUUAUCCAUCAACAUAGACAAAGGGGUCAUUUGGUAAGGAAAAACAAUAGUUGUGUGGAAUAUCUGAGGAUAAAGAGAUUACUGAAAGAGUAGAGCAGGAGAUGCUCUACAUUUCUGUGCAGACAGCAGAAAUAUGUAACACAAGUAUUUGUUUUUGAAAAUGUCAGCCAUGCUCACGAAAGACCAUUGGUAUGCGUGUGAUGUUUUGAAGCAUUUGUUUAUGGCAUGAGCCAAUGUCGCUAAUGUUUUACUUUACAUAUGCAAACAGAAUGGAUCAAAAAAGCAAGACGUGUUUA